UUACGUAGCCACGCACCUCAGCGCGCCAAAUGAAUAUGUACACAACAGCCUCAGGAACUCUAAGUGGAACUGAAUUAGACAUCAAUAUCUUGAUUAAAAAGACGUUUUGAGAAGUAUUCAAAAGUAGUAACUCUUGUUACGCUUAGUGACAUUCGUUUUCGGGUGGAAGGUUAGCCAAAGCCCGACGUUAAGACGACUCAGAGCGGCAGAAUGGGUCUGCUUGAAAAAUGUGAAGAGUUGUUCCAGACCACCAGCCUGUAUGACCUGCUCGGCGUCGACAGGACUGCCACCGACGCUGAGGUCCGCCGCAGCUACUACAAGGUCUCCCUCCGGGUCCACCCAGACCGGGCUCCCGAUGACCCGCUGGCCACCGAGAAAUUCCAGGUACUGGGGAAGUUGUAUGCAGUGCUCUGUGACGCCGAGCAGAGGGCUGUCUAUGAUGAGACAGGUGUGGUGGACGAGGAGAGCGACACGCUGAAAAAGGAAAGAUGCUGGGAGGACUACUGGAGAGUGCUGUUCCCAACGAUCACGCUGAAGGACAUCCUGGACUUUGAGAAGAAGUACCAGGGCUCGGCUGAGGAGCGCGAAGACCUCCUCAAGCUGUACGUGAAACACGAGGGCGACAUGGACCUCAUCACCAGUUCGGCCAUGUGCUGCACUGUGGAGGACGAGCCCCGGCUCUGCGCCAUCCUCCGCGAGGCCAUAGAGGCGGAGGAGGUGCCCGCGUUCCCUGCCUUCACCAAGGAGAGCGCCAAGAAGACCAAGGCCCGGAGGAAGAGGGCUGAUAAAGAGCGAGUGGAAGCAGAAGAAAUGCAGAAAGAGCUGGGGCUUGGUGAUGAAGAGGACAGCCUUGCCAUGAUGAUAAAGCAAAGAAAGCAGUCCAGAGAACAGAACUUCAACAGUUUCCUGUCAGACCUUGAAGCCAAGUACUCCAAAAAAGGAGGAAAGACUCGGAGGGGAAAGAAGUGAUCAGAUGUUUUCUCCUGUUUUGAUCUAUAUUAUGUUAUGUUUAUAGUUUAAAUGAAUCAUGCUUUUUGUUCUAAACCGACCAAUAACUAUUUGCUUCAAGUAGGUGGGAAAAUAUGUUGUACUUUUCUUUUACUUGCCCUUUAAUGUAUAAAUGUGCCUGUUUGUAUUAUCAAAAUGUAAGUUUAACUACCCAUGUUGCUAAUGCAUCCCAAAGUCAUGGAAACGCCUAAUAAACCUGUAAUUUUUAAAACUGUA